AUGUCGACAGAUGCAAGCGCCUCGGCUCCCGUGGUCAAAGAUGCCGCCCCGGUUAAUGCCGUACCUGCGUUGGCGGCCGGUACACCGGCCGCGACCGGCGCAAACAGCGUCGCUAGCACGGCGAACCAGAUCCUAUUCAAGAAUGAGCUCUACACGAGCAUGAAGCAGAAAACAAUGGACCAAGAGCUGAUGGCAAGGUUCAACAGAGAGGCUCACGAAGAGGAGAAGCGAAAGUUUGAGAAAGCGAGGGCAAAGGUGGCUAGGCUGGAAAACAAGAGAAAGGUCCUGAUAGGCGUCGGCGACAUGGUCGGUCCACCGGGGUGCGACCCCAGCGAAUGCUCCUCCGCCUCCGUCGCGGUGGAUCUGGGGCUUCAAGACACCGUCCGUGACGUCAAGAAAAGGCUCAUUGCCGAGGCCGGCUGGAGGGACGAGCUUCCCUCCGACUUCGGCCUCUUCAACGACGUGUCGGAGGAACCUUUGAUGGAUGGGCAGUCGAUAGAUGCGGCGUUGGCACCAAGCAAACCGUCGUCGGCCAAAAAAGGGGUGUCAAGGCGAGGCGGUAGUAGAGCUACUGCAGCUGCAUCGAUUCGUCUUCCUCGUCCGUAUGUAGGUGUGUUGUGGGCGGCAAGAUUAGGUUGA